UUCAAAUCAACUGCAUUGUCAGACCGCCACUGCAGACAUUUCGGCGAGUACGUGAGGUGCGUGUAUGCUAUCGCCACCCAAACUGUCAUCGGAGAGCUUGAAGAAAGUGCCCCGCUAUUUCCAUGACUGUAUAGAUUUCUCAGCAGGGGCAUCUUAAGCAUUAUGACAGAGACACGCAUCAUGGAAGUCCUGAUGGAACUGAACGAGACUAAUCUUCAGAGAGUUGCGCAUAUACUGAAUACUAAAGAAUUGUCUGGGAGAACCAUCCCAUCAGCUGAGCUCAAGAACCUUGAUGCGAACAAGUUGUUUGAUUUACUCAAGCACUAUCAUUCUCCAGAACACAUGGCAAUGCUUAUGGAGAUACUGGAUGCCAUUCCCAGGAAAGAUCUUGCUCAUAGACUCUCUGGUGAUAAAGAGAGGAAAAAGAAGGAAAGUGAAAAUGAUGAGAUGGGAUGUGGCCCAGCAGAGUGACAAAAACUCAGUGAUCUGCCAUCGUGUGGUAAAUUCACACUGUCUGACCUGGAGGCCUAUGCUACAAGCAAACGGAACCCAUUGAUGCAGCGUCUAGAAGAGCGGUUUGAACCCAAAGCAAUGAGUGAGUUGAAGGAACAGCUGGCCAAGAGUAUCCUGAAGAAUGCCUUUUCAUUCACUGCUCAAAAAGCUCAAAAACUGUACACCAACCAAAAUCUGAAAUCUUUCUUGAAUAUCACUGGUGAUGAGAAAUUUAAAAAGAUACCUCAGAUAAUCCUUGACACCUUGUUCUCUAUAGAUAAAAGCAAUAAUAAAAGAGAAGCCGAGGUUAAAGAAAACAUUCAGAAGGAGACUCUGCUAAAAGAGAACAAGCCAACCUCUUCUAGUCUUGCUGGUUCUACUGGUGACUGUGAAUUGGAAAUUGUGCAUGAAAAUAACAAGGAAACACAGCAGAAUCUUGGCAUUAAAUGUGCUAAGGAAGCUGAUGAUACUGAGAUGUCUAAAAUAACAGCAGAAAACAGGCAAAGUAACAAGGAAGGGCUGCAGAAACCUGUAGUUAAAUAUGCUAAGGAUGCUGAUAAGAUGAUGGCAGAACAGGGGCCAUAUGAGAAGUUACUGCUGCCCAUCAGUAAAUGGAUUAAAAAAAAGAGAGAAAAAUAUCACAACAAAAACUUCCAUUUAGACCCCAUUGGUGUUCGUGAACAUGAAACAUAUAGUUGCUUUGUAGCCGAGGAUAUUCUACGAUUCACAUAUCCAGAGGACAUAAUUUUAAGGAUCCUGCAGGAUAACAAAUAUCUGACAUCUGGGAGAAAGUUGAAGAAGAAUGUGGAAUUUGAGUUGCAGUUUAACAUGGCUGUACUAGGUGUUAAACGUUCUGAGAUUACAUCCCCUGUGGGUGAUUUUAUUGUGGAAGCUGAUUGUACCUUUGCACAAUUUGAAAUUUUUUUUAAAAAGGUUGUGUUUGAAAUUGUACUCCCUGUCCUAGCUCUGCAUAACUGCGUAAAGUUAGAUGUUAUCAGGAAGGCCUUCAUAUGCUAA